AUGUAUAAGGGGUCCAAGGUUGGUGGUGGUAAGUCCAGCACUGCUGGGGCUACUACUACUACUCCGGCACCUAUCGGGCUCACUGAUGAGAUACUCUCUAAUAUGGCUGUUGGUAAGGUCUUUAAGGAUGCCACUAAGAGGGUCAAUAGUAUUGACUUUACAUCUGAUGGGAGGUACCUUAUAGCAAGUAGUGAUGAUGAAAGUGUUAGUAUAUAUGACACAGAAAAGGGUGUUCGCCACAAGUUACUCUACUCCAGAAAAUACGGCUGCGAUAAUAUACAGUUUGUUCAUAGUGGCACUAACUCGGCGCUCUGUUCGAGUCGGGUUGAUUUCGAUCGUAAUAAUUCGUUGAGAUAUUGGGAUCUAUAUGAAAACAAGUUCUUGCGGUAUUUCAAAGGGCAUACAGGGCCAGUGUCCUCUCUGAAGGUCCAUCCGUACGAGGAUCAAUUCUUGUCAACAUCUUUGAGUACAGCUAGUGGUGGUGAUUCGACUUGUCUUAUGUGGGACCUAAGAAAGGAAAGACCAGUGGCUCGGGUCUAUAGUCAGGAACAAGUCACUAAGGGUACCUCGAGUGGCAUUCUCGGUGGUCCCUGUGCGACCUAUGAUACUCAAGGCUUGGUCUUUGCUGUAUCGAGUUCUACACCAACAGGGGAUGCUGGCAAGAAGCCCAUCGCUAAAGUGCAUAUGUUUGACAAUCGCCAAUUCGAUAGGGGGGAGUUUGAGGCAUUCGACUUGUCGCCAUUUACGCAAGGAAGCCCUUUGAGAUACCUUUUAUGUUCGACAGCUGCGGGAGACCUGUUCGCCAUAGACUCUUUUUCUGGGCGCUUGAGAGCGACUUAUAAAUUUGACGAUCCCCACUUGCAGUCGGGGUCACAGACGUGGAAGAGCUUGCCAGAGCGGGAUGGGCUCAGGCCGACAUUUUCGCCGGACGCGCGUUACGUUCUCUGUGGAGUGCCUGGUGGUAGUAUUUAUGUAUGGCCGACUCUCACCAAAGGGGCACAGGAACAGGCCAUGAGUGAGGACCCUGUUAAUGUGCAAGCCUGCGAGCCCAAGCCGGUGGCUAUCCUAAAGGGCCAUUCUGGAUACCCUAGAUGCGUUAAGUUCUCUCCGACGAGGUCGUUGAUAGCAUCGGCAGCUGCCGCAGUGGCGUUGUGGAUACCCAAACAGUUCACGGCACCUAUUGGGACGCAGACGGAUCCGGUGGCGAUAGCCAAGCAACAGGAGUUGGGGUCUGCGAUAGGAUCAUGUCGGGUUAUAGAGCUUGGCAAGACUAUUGCAGCAGAGCAUUUGUACAGCGAGUGGGAUGAUGACCAUAACUGUAGCAUAUUCGAUGAGGAUGCUGUUGAGCAGCAUCUCGAGAGCCUCGGAGUUUUCGGAAAGGAAAAUGUCGUUAUCGAUUUUCACUCUCCGGAUUUCCUCCCGCCUGAGUGGUUCGACUUGGUAGUGGUCCUAAGGUGCUCUACGGAUGCUCUUUGGUCACGCCUGGAGCAACGUCAUUAUACGGAGGCGAAGAUAAAGGAGAAUGUUGAAUGUGAAAUAUUCCAGACGAUACUUGAUGACUGUCGGGAGCACUUUGGGGAGGAGAAAGUGUUGGAAUUACAGAGCGUGUCUAUAGACGAUAUUGCCACUAACGUACAGAGCGUCCUGGCUAAGCUCGCCUCCACUGCUAAUAGUGUCCAUUGA